AUGUUCAGUCCACAAAGGAUUGAUUCAGUAAGUACAGCUUUCUUAUGCCAUCAUAAAGUGUACGAGAUUUCUACUUACCUCGUAAUAUCAUGUAUAGAGACUGCUAAAUCUAUACUGACAGUUGUCCUCGACGCACAAAAGCCCCUCGUCUGCGCAGGCCAUAGAGGAAUUAGCGCAAGAAUAUUAGGUGGGCACAACAUCAGCAUCAUAGAAGCACCGUACCACGUAAACUACGGGGAUAUUUGUGGUGCGGUGUUGAUACACCAGCAGUGGGCAUUGACCGCCGCUCAUUGUGGCACCGAUUCAUCUUACAUAAGAGUAGGCAACAAACACCGUUUGAAUGGAGCAAGAAUUAAAAUACUCACACAUCUUGUUAACCCGGGCUACGCCAAGCACCAUGUCUUUGAUUAUGAUGUCCAACUUUUGAGGUUUCGGAAACUCCAUUUCAGUGCAAAGGUUUCUGCCAUCGAAAUCAGUGGGGAUGAACACGCGGAUAGUAUAAUUGUGGCGGGAUGGGGUUAUGACAUGGAAAAAGGAGAUUACAAAGAAUUCCUGCAAGAAAUCAAGUUGAAUAUUGUACCAUUGGAGGAGUGCCAAAGAGUUGACAAAUUUUGGUACAACUAUACACUGACGACGAGAAUGUUCUGUGCUGGUGGACCUGGAAAGGAUGCUUGUCAGGGUGAUAGUGGCGGUGGAGCCGUGUCUGAAGGCAGGUUGCUUGGCAUCUCCUCAUUUGGUUUUGGCUGCGGUCGAAAUAUACCAGGAGUGUAUAUCAAUAUAACUGAGAAUAGUAUACGAAGUUCCAGGUCUCCACGGGAGCUACACGGGCAUGCCCCAGUAGCCCUCCGCAGCGGAUGGGGGGCGGUGCAAUGGGCACUAGGCCGCGUAUUCAGCCCCCACGCGUGGGCCUUCCUGCGCGCGUCUGCGGGGUCCCCGCAAUACCCCGCGAGACCCCUGCCAUGUAGCCCCGGCUAG